UCAGCCAUGGCGGACGCGCCGCCCGAGGUCCUCGAAUUGAACGUGGGCGGCGUGCAUUACGCCACCACGCGCGACACGCUCCUCCGCGAACCCGACUCGCUUCCCGCCGCCGCGCUGCGCGAUGCAGACCACCCGCGUGACGCUCGCGGACGCAUUUUCUUCGACCGUGACGGAGUUCUCUUCCGUUAUGUGCUCGAUUAUCUCAGAGACGGUGGACUCGUGCUUCCCGAGUGCUUCAGGGAACAUAAACGUCUAGCGCGGGAAGCGAAACACUACCGCCUUGCCGGGCUGGAGAAUGCAGUUCGAGAAGCGGAUCCUCGACCUCCGAAUCGUGAGCGCGGGUGCAUCACCGUCGGCUACCGCGGCAGCUUCGCGUUCGGCCGUGACGGCCUCGCUGAUGUUAAGUUCCGCAAGUUGUCCCGUAUUCUAGUCUGUGGAAAAGUGACGCUGUGCCGUGAUGUCUUCGGUGAAACCCUGAACGAGUCCCGAGAUCCGGACCACGGUCUCGCAGAUCGGUACACAUCGCGGUUCUUCCUGAAGCAUUCGUUCAUCGAGCAAGCGUUCGACAUGUUGCAAGAGAACGGUUUCAAACUGACUGCAAGUUGUGGCAGCGGCACGGCCGGCGGUGCAGCCGAGCUCAAGCCGGGUGUCGACUCGGAGGAGAAUCGUUGGAAUCACUACAACGAAUUUGUUUUCGUGCGCGAAUAAGUUCAACGUUACGUAGUAUUAAAUGUGAUAUGAAUCAGCUGAGCCGCUUCAGACCGGUGCGGCCGCUAUUACGGUGGACGGCAAUAAUAUGAAUACCUCUUUCAGGUAACGAGAUUAACGAAAAUUAUAUUUAUAAUUAUAAAUCUUUAUCUGAAACUAGUGUCUGUAUACUUUUAUCUUACUAGUUCGAUUACUGUUUACAGUCUGCGCCUUAUCAAUUGUUGACUUGUUGUGUUGUUGCAUUUAUUUAAUUACUAUGCCGAUUAAGAGACUUCAAUAUUAUUCAGACUGGUUAUUUACGUUAUUCUUAUGAUUUAGUUAAAAAUAACUAUUAUGUAGAUAUUGAGACCUUAAGAAUUGUAAUCAUGUAUCAAAUAGGUAGUGUUAAAUGUAAAAAAAUAUAAAUAGCAGUAGUUAAUUACUCCCUAUUAGGAUUAAUUUCAUGUACCUACUGUUACAUACCUAUUUCUAAUAAAUUUCCAAAUUAUUUUGUAUUGACUUUAUAGUAUUUAAAACUAUUAUUAUUACUUACUAAUGUAUUUUGAAAAUAACUGCGUGGGCCAUCAUUUUGAUACAAAUUAUGCCAAAUUUUUAUUAUAACAAGUCUGACGUUAUAUUAUUUUGUGUUUCAGUAUGUAUUAUAUUUGCAUAUUAUUAACAUUAUCUAUAUCUUUGUAUCUAUAUUAUAAUCAUAUUAUAAACAAUCUGGGUACACAGUUACCGAGUGAUGUGUUGUGA